GCGCGGUUCGCCAUAUUGCGCAGCUGGGCGUGAGACCGUGCGUCGAGAUCAUCGCGGCUAUAUUGUUUAUUUUCUUCGCUUGCCGAAACUUUUGUCGCAUUCCUGUUAAUAAAAUCAAAACUUUUACUUAAAAUCUGACGCUUAAAUGUAAAACUUGCGAAGUUGGCAAUCGCUUUUAAAACGUUUCAAAUAACAGUUUCACGCGCUAGCCACUAACAAGAUUGACUUCAAAACCUGCAAGAAACGACGAAAUCAGACAAACUCACCCACAGGAGACACGUCAGGACACAGUGUGAAUGGACCCUUCACAUACAGCAGUGUGUAGAUGCUGAAGGGUCUGAAACGAGUGUGAAAGUCCGACGAUCUCCUGUCAGAGGUCAAUAAAGAGCUCAGGAUGUCCAUCACAAACACACCCACCAGUAAUGAUGCCUGUCUGAGUAUUGUCCACAGUCUGAUGUGUCACAGACAGGGAGGUGAGAGCGAGACCUUCGCCAAACGGGCCAUCGAGAGUCUGGUCAAGAAACUGAAGGAGAAGAAAGAUGAGCUGGAUUCUCUCAUCACCGCCAUUACAACUAAUGGAGCUCAUCCCAGUAAAUGUGUGACUAUACAGCGCACGCUGGACGGACGUCUGCAGGUUGCUGGACGUAAAGGCUUUCCACACGUGAUUUAUGCACGCUUGUGGCGGUGGCCGGACCUUCAUAAGAAUGAGUUGAAACAUGUCAAGUACUGUCAGUUUGCCUUUGAUCUGAAAUGUGACAGCGUCUGUGUGAACCCAUACCAUUAUGAGAGAGUAGUGUCUCCAGGAAUAGAUUUAUCUGGACUGACUCUGUCAAGUUCUGGUCCGUCUGCUCUGAUGGUGAAGGAUGAAUAUGAUUAUGAGAGUCAGCCGUCUCUGCCCAGCACCGAGGGACACAUGCAGACCAUUCAGCAUCCCGCUGCGAGACCUGUAGCCCAGGAGCCCUUUAACACCCCAGCUAUGUUACCGCCAGUCGAGGGCAGCAGCUCGGCCUCCACGUCUGCUUUCUCCAGCAUCACUGUGGGAUCCACAACUCAGGCCAGUAAUGUUCUGACAGGAAGUCACAGCAGUGAUGGGCUGCUGCCGAUGGGCUCAGGAACGGGGCAGAGCUCACAGCAGAAUGGCUUACCACCAGGCCAGACGUCCACAUUUCACCACAAUGCCACUUCUACCUGGACGAGGAAUAGCAGUUUUACCCCGAGUGUGUCGCACCAUCAGAACGGCCAUCUUCAGCAUCAUCCGCCCAUGGCUCACCCGGCACACUAUUGGCCUGUACACAAUGACAUAGGAUUUCAGCCCCCGAUAUCCAAUCACCCCGCUCCUGAAUACUGGUGCUCCAUCGCUUACUUUGAGAUGGAUGUUCAAGUGGGCGAGACGUUUAAAGUGCCCUCCUCCUGUCCUGUCGUCACUGUGGAUGGGUACGUGGACCCCUCCGGAGGAGAUCGAUUCUGUCUCGGCCAGUUGAGUAACGUCCACAGAACGGAGGCCAUUGAGAGGGCGAGGCUGCAUAUAGGAAAGGGCGUCCAGCUGGAAUGUAAAGGUGAAGGAGACGUUUGGGUUCGUUGUCUCAGCGAUCAUGCCGUCUUUGUCCAGAGCUACUAUUUAGACCGUGAGGCCGGCCGCGCUCCUGGAGAUGCAGUACACAAGAUUUACCCCAGUGCAUACAUCAAGGUGUUUGAUUUGCGUCAGUGUCACAGACAGAUGCAGCAGCAGGCAGCGACUGCGCAGGCAGCAGCUGCUGCGCAAGCAGCCGCAGUGGCGGGAAACAUCCCGGGUCCCGGAUCUGUGGGUGGAAUUGCACCUGCCAUCAGUUUGUCUGCGGCCGCCGGUAUCGGUGUGGAUGACCUCCGUCGCCUUUGCAUCCUCCGCAUGAGUUUUGUCAAAGGUUGGGGUCCCGAUUACCCCCGACAGAGCAUCAAAGAGACGCCCUGCUGGAUCGAGAUCCACCUCCACCGGGCUCUGCAGCUCCUGGAUGAGGUUCUGCACACAAUGCCCAUCGCCGACCCAACACCGUUAGACUGAGACACUGGACCGAGUGACGGUUCCCACGGCAACCAGAUGACAGAUAACGCUGAACUGUGUGACUGAUGCAGAUGAGGGCUCGCUGACCUUCUGCUCGGAAAACCUGAGAGCGUCUGGAUUGACAGCUGUUGCUUUGUUCAAUUGAAACGCAGUCAUUGCUCAUUUACUACUCUUUUAUUUGUUUAUUUUGUUUCUCUUGUUUCAUUAAACAUUCUUUUACAGUCAGUAAAGUGAGCAACGUGCUACAGGCAGUGAUGAAGAUGUAAAACUCCUCAAGUGUUUUGUCAUGAUAAUGUUUGAGAAACACAUUACAGCUGGUAACACACAGUCUUGGUAGUGGAACAGAAUUACUACUCGAAAUCAUUGAAGAUUUUUUUAACCUGUUAAAACCGCCGUCACGACCUCUCUCCAUACAGGCCAUACAGGUUUAAAAGUAGUUUGGAGGUCUAAUGGUCUGAUUGAUUAUUGACAAGUCAUGUAGCAUUUCUUUUAUUCAUUUGCAGUGUUUUGGCAAAAGUGAUUUUUUUUUACCCCAGGCGAUCGCAUCAAUGGAGUGUUGCAUGGACACAAGCACCCCGAUCUCUAGGCUAGUGGUGGUAUAGUCACUAAAUAUUUGAUUGAUUUAUUGUGUUAAUGGACACAAUUUUCUGCUUUUUCCGUGUCAUUGAGCACGAAUGUCUUUAUCGUGUCCCUAGCACAAAUUUUAUAAAUAGUUUUAUGUGUCCCUAUCACAACUUUCUUUUUUGUGUCAAUUUAUGUAUUGUUUUUUUUUUUUUUAACAUUAAUGCUUGUUGGGUUUUUUACAUUUUAGACAUCCAAACACCGACUCAAACCCUAAGCGAAAAUAGUAAAAAAUUGGAAGAAAAACAUAAAAUAAAAUUACAUCCAAACCCUAAAUCUAAUCCCAACCCCAAGCGACAAUGAUUUAAAAAUAGAAAAAAAAGGAAAAAACAAUACAUAAAAUGACACGAAAAAGAGCAGAAAAUCAUCUCCAUGAACACUAAUAAAUAAAUCAAAUAUUUUGUGAUUAUACGACGAAAUUCCUUGAGGUAGGAUUGACACAAGAUACUUGUUUCCUUCAGUCAGAUGUGAUGGUGUUUUCACUAACAGAAAUUGGCUAGUUAAAACAUUUGAAUAGUUAACCAUCACAGGAAGACAUGUAACGGUUAGUCCAGAUUCAUGCAUUUAUUCUUCUAAAUUUUUUUCUGUCUUAGCUCAGUUUUGUUAAAAUUUUGUUCUAGCACUUUAUUGGUUUUUUUCUUUGCAGGUUGUCAAUAAAAAGUUCUGCAGACCUUUUAACUAAAUUUAAACACUCUUAUGGAUUAGAUACAGUACUAAGAUGUUUAUCCACAAUGGUCAACUCAUAAUCAGAUUAUUGUAAUGUGUGCUUGCAUUGGUUAUAGAGCAACAUUACAAGGACAUCAUUCAUUUUAUUCUCAUAAACACAGCACUGUUAUAUCAUUAAUUAAUUUUUGCUCAAUGGGUUGUUUUCUUUUCUUCCCCCUCUGAUGUUUAAAUCAGUUAACCAUAUAGUAAAUUACAUUCAUGUGUUGAAUUGGA